CUAAUCGCCUGCUUCAUCGAGCUUAGCAGGGAAGUCUAAAGCAUCACCAUAACCAGGCUAGUCUGAUUGGAACAAUAUCGUAAUCAACAACUGGAUAAGCUUCAGCCUUAGACCAACACAGGAUCAAGAUCCAUGAAGGAACGAAAGGUCCAGCCGCCCACAGCAUUUAAAUGAUCAUGAGUUCCUGUCCCCUCGUCUGACAACUUCGUGUCUAAGAACUCAUCAUGUUGGUUAUUGUUGCGUCCCUGCUACUCCAGGCAGUCUCUGCCGUGCCAUUCCCUCCGCCGACAGGUCCUUAUCACGUUGGAUACACGCAGCAUGUCUUCAAUCACACUACACCAAACGACCCUGUGGCUCCCCAAAACGCAUCUUCAAUCCUACUGGCGACAAUUUACUAUCCUACCUUGACCAUACCUGUGCCAGGAAACAACACAGCGCCAUACCUAGAUCCAACAACCGCGAAACUCUGGGGCGACAUUCUCCAAUAUCCAAAUAACUCCCUCCAGAGUCUCACGACAUGGAACGUAUACCAGGCGCCACCUCUGGACAAAGCAACCUACGGCGUGUCGCAAAAGCCGACCGUCAUUUUCUCCCCUGGUGGCGGCGAGAACGCCAUCAUGUACAAUGCGCUGAACUCUGAACUCGCAUCUCAGGGCUACACAGUGCUUGCCCUCGACCAUCCUGGCGAGACCCCCUAUCUCCAGCUUCCGGACGGUGCAGAAGGCGUCUAUGGAAUCGACAUAACUGCGUCCUGGAACGCGACGCUGCAGGCGGCUGUAUACCACAUGCGCGUCUCAGACACUCUCGCGAUUAUCAGGGAACUCUUCCCAUCGUAUGUAGAAUCUACCGGAGCAUCAUUCAACACGACCCACUAUCUCACAAUCGGCCACUCGCUCGGUGGCGCCGCAUCUGCUGGCGCCCUAGCAGUCGAAGACUCCAUUCUCGGCGGCGUGAACCUCGACGGCCUCUUCAUCAACCUCCCAGACGUCAAGAAACCCUUCCUGAUGAUCGCCGGAGCCGAACACACCCCCGCCAUCGACCCAUCUUGGUCUCCCUUCUCCGCAAACCAGUCCGGGUGGUACCAGUGGGUCAACGUCACGGGCAGCAGCCACCAGAACUUUGCGGAUCUGGGCGACUGGGUGGAUCUCCAGGGGUUGAGGGGUAAGACUAUCACGCCGUCGUUGGACAAGAUCUUCGGCCCCAGGAUGGACUAUAUUGUUAGGAGCUUCGUGUCGAGGUUUUACGAUUUCGUUCUUGGGGAGGAGGGGUGGUGGGAUGUGCCGAAUUAUAAGUUCCCGGAGGUUGUGUAUGUUAAUGGGAGCUCUAAUGGUUAUUAGACGUGUGAUGAGAUAGUGAUAGAUUAUGUGUUUGGGCCGCUUCGAAGAAGGAAAAUGAUACCUCUCCUCAAGGGGUUAACACCUGGUAUCUCAUCCGUCCUGCAUGAAAUCAAAUCAACUUCCCAAAGAAGAUUGAUCUGUAUGGUAUGCAAUGCAAAGUGGCUAAUGUCGCCGAGAAAGCUUAUUGAAAAGCUUGGUGGGCCGUGGUGGGGUCCUUUAGUUUGUCCUAUGUGGUGAGGUCCAUCCCUUAGGCCAUGAAGAGCCUCCGUGCAGGAAAAUUUGCAAAGUGCUCCGCAUAUACGCAUUCGUUAGAUUGCUUCUUAUUACUGGGACGUUGAUAUUCUUUAGCGAUGAAUUACAGUUACACCACUAGUAUCACGCUUACAACAGUACGUAGCGUUUGAAGUGCUACUACAAGUAGC